UCAUGUAUUGUGAACAUCUUUUGCUGUGAAUGCAAUACGCUGAACCAGCCAUGCACAAUGAAAUCACAAUACUGCUCAUUGUAUUUUCAGCUCUUUUUGCUGCUUUUUGUUUAUUGGUAGUCGCACCAGUGUACUUGGAGCUAAGAAAUGUAAAUAUUCCUCCUGGAGUUGCUAAUCCUUGGAAACUACACAUGAUUCAUUGUGUGUAUGUAGGGAUAAGCGUUGUGGGCCAAAUUCUCGGGCAAUUGGGGCUGUGCCAUCAGAUAAAUUUUAUACGAAGGUUCAGAUGCUGUAUCAUGGCUCGCAAAAGGCCAGUGCCCUCCGGGCUUCGUAUUAAGGACUUGAGCUUCAGUGGAGUUCCAGUAAGGGUGUAUGAGCCUACCGCUGCCUCAGAAGAGAAGAAAAGGGGCCUGGUGUACUUUCAUGGUGGCGGAUGGGUGUUUGGCUGCAUUGAUGAUUACGAUGAAGUGUGUCAGUAUAUUUCACUGGAGAGUGACACCACAGUUGUGUCUGUCGAUUACCGUCUGGCCCCUGAGCACAGGUAUCCUGCCCAUCUAGAUGACUGUGAGGUUGUGACUCGCCACUUCCUGUCAAUAGCGGCAACCGAUUUCGGGGUGGACCCACGCAGAGUGGCAGUUGGUGGGGACAGUGCAGGGGCGAACCUGGCAGCCGCUCUCUGCCAGAGGCUGUCGAAGACACAGGAUGGUCAUCUGCCAUCUCCCUGUGCCCAGGUUCUUAUCUACCCCGCACUACAGAUGGCAGAUUUCCACCUGCCCUCAUACCAGCAGAACCACUCUGUGCCCAUAUUGUUCAGAGGCCGAGUGGUGUUCUAUUUCCUGCAGUACCUCAACGGGAAUACGACUGUGAGCCAACAGAUUCUGGAAGGCAAGCAUGUUCCUGUCGAGCUAAAACUUCGCUAUAAGAAAUGGCUGGAUCCAGAAAAUAUUCCGCCUCAGUUUAGAAAGGAAGUAAGAACUCCGCAGGUUAUCACAAGCCAUGAUGCUGAUGUCUAUCAGAUCAUCAAGCAGGGCCUGGAUCCAGAGAUCUCCCCUUUACUAGCCGAGGAUGAUGUUCUUCGCCUCUCACCUCCCACCUUCAUCUUGACCUGUGAGUUUGAUGUGCUGAGGGAUGAUGGCAUUCUCUUCCUUAAGCGACUGGAGGAUGUAGGAGUGGAUGUCACAUGGGAACAUCUAUCUGAUGGCUUCCACGGAAUCAUUAGUUUCUUCAACCAGAGCUGGUUGACAUUUCAGUCUUCUCAAAAGGGUAUAGACAGCAUUGUACGAUAUGUAAAGACUCUCUGACCGAGAAGUCAAAUGAUUAAGCAGAAAGAUUCAGAAUGUGGUCUGUUAGAUUUUUUUUCUAAAUUGGGUGGUAGGAAAGAACACAAAUGCUUAAUAGAGAAAUGUAAAAACUGGCAGAAUACUAAAAAAGAGAAUAAACUUUCAAACACUACUAUGCGUGUAUGUAUAGUCAAACUUUAUUUUAAGGUUCAGUCCUCACUAUUAACAAGCCACUAACUAUGUUUUUUUUGCCUCAAUAAGAUCCUAAUUUGCUGCUUAUUAAUAGGUAGUUCUUAAGUGGCAUAAGUAUGUGAACUGCUAAGAAUUGCAGUUAAUUUGAAUGCAAAAUUAGAGUCCAUCUGUUCAGAGGUGUUUUCUGUCAACAUGAUGUCUGUCAGAUGUCAGCGUGUGAUUUGUUUUAUUUAAGAAUACUGAUAUAUUCCUAUUGUAUCAUGGCACGAACAGAGGAGCGAUCUCUGAGGUUUUCAGAAAAAGAGUUGUUGGUGCUAGUCAGGCUGGAAAAGUUUACAAAACUCCACAAAUCCACAAAUGGAAGAAAUUCAAGACCAUUGUUACCGUCCCCAGGAGUGGUCAGCCUAAAGGAUCACUCAAAAGCAGAACAUAUUAGUUUAAGUUGUUGCAGAGGAUCCCUGGGUAAAUUCUAACUAAAGACCUUUCACACAUAAGUCAUUUUUCUUCAAAAAGAACAUUGCUACUCGUUUGCUAAAGACACAAAUGAAAACUAUUGGGGAAAUGUUAAUUGUAUGUAUUAGGAAAUGUUGCAUUUUAAUGAGAAGUGGUAUGUUUGGAGAAAGUUAACACUGCUUUUCAGCAUGAGAAACUUGUCCCAUCUGUGAAAAAGGGUGAUGGUAGUAACAUUGGACAGUUUUACUGCAUCUGGGCUAGGGUGGCUUGCCAUCAUUGAUAGAACAAUGCCAGCAAAUAAAAAAAAUGUCAGGACAUCUGUCUGAGAACGAAUCUCAAGAGAGCGAGCUAUACAGAGUGAGCUAUACAACAACAACCCAAGUGCACAAGUUGUUUUACCAAAGUAUGGUUGCAGAAAGUUAAAGAAAUGUUUUGGAAUGGCCGAGUCAAAUACCCUAAUCAAAUUGAUAUGUUGUGGAAGGACCUGAAGCAAGCAAACCCACCAACAAGUUGAAGCUGUUCUUUACUGAACGGGCUAAAAUACCUCAAGACAGAAGCACUUAUCAAAGUUUACAAGAAACGUUUAUCUGCAGUUAUUGCUGCAAAAGGGGGUCACAAAAGGUAUAGCACGACUUGUCACCUGACCUGAAUACAGUGCAAUGAUUUGCUAAAAUGGACUUAUCAGCUUCUGUUCAAAAACAAUAAGGGUGUUUGUCAGCUUCUGCAGUAAAAAUGACAACCCUUGAUGCCUUGGACGUGGACACUUUUUUGACAAAACAUGUGUAGGACUCGUAUCAUGACUCAUAUCGCGUUAUGUGUGGAGAAUAAUUCACAGCAAUCUACUCAUCAAGUGGCAUUUAUCGUUUUUUUUUUUGUCUUUGCAAAUUACCUCAUACUGAAUCAUUUGUAAAUCUAUAGAAAAAAUGUGUUAUAGAUUACAGUAAGAUUCAUUCAUUCACAAUGCAUCACUUUUUUUCAGAUAUCCAAGUUUGUUAUUCACCUCAUAGCUGGUUGAUUUGGUUUCAUAGCUUAUAACUCUGAAAUACUUCAAAAGAAAAAAAUACCUAUGGGGGAAAGAAAGAAUAGAAAAUAAAAUACUUCUGGAAAGAGGUGGGCAAAUGUAGGCAAACACUGUAAGUUUUUUUUUUAAAUAAUCUUUGUCAUUCAGCAAUAUUCCGUCGCUAAAUUUAGCAAGAAGAAAGUCACAUUAAAUUAAUCAAACUAUUUGUGUUUGAUUGGUGUGUUAAAUGUUUUUAAUGUACAAACAAUGCUCAAUUUGUCCAUUGAUUUGUGAAUGGUAUUCCAGUGUGUGACACUUAAAAUUCCUCCCACAUCCCA